UUUUAAAAAUAGUAAUGUUGGUUUAUUUAAUGUAGUCUAAAAUUGAUCAUUUUUCUUAUUUUAAAUGAAUAGAAUAAAGAAUAGCGUUAAAAAAAUACUGAAACUUUUAUAGAAACUAUUCGAUAACUUCUUCUCCAGCCCUGGCAAAUGCAUAACAUCUCUGUUUCAUAGCACAUUAGAAACGACACGGAAAAAUGGCGAGUUUGGCUACUAAGGGAUCAGGACUUGUUAACAGGCUUCUUACACAGGCCAGGCCACAGCUGGAUGUGUUCCUGAAGUACGCCAAAGUGGAGCUUACGCCCCCAACGCCAGCCGACAUUCCGGCGAUCCGUCAGGGACUUGGCAACAUCAUCAAGGGAGCCAAGACCGGCGCCUACAAGAACCUCACCGUUCGCGAGGCCUGGCUUAACACCCUGGUGACCGCCGAGGUCAUCUUUUGGUUCUACAUCGGCGAAUGCAUCGGCAAACGCCACAUUGUGGGAUACAAUGUCUAAAUUUACUAUAGUCUAUGCUUGGCAGUUUUUGGAAUGAUUGAAAAAAUCUUAAUUGUGAACAUUUCGACACUGAAUAAAGUGAAAUAAUACGAUAGUA